CAAAUGCCUCCAUUAUUCAACAAAGAUUAAAAUCACGAGUUUUCCGUCAGGCUCUGCCAUCUUGAGACAGUAAACACUACAUUAAAAAGUGGGAGACUGGACAAGCUACUGUUGUUCUACAAAAAUGUCUCUGGUGUAAAAUAAGCCUGUUGAAGAUUAUAUCACUUCACUGUCCUCGAGCCUAUAGGUCUGCAUUUGUUCACCAUGGGGUUAAAUGUUAUCUUUUUUCCCUCAGGUUAAUGUUUAACCUUUACUUUCACACACAGGCCUACAUUCAAGGCCUCGAGCACUGAGAUCUGACUAUAACUGCAAACAGGAUCUAUUCACUUUUUUUCACCAGCCAAAAUAGUAGCUGAAAUAUUAAGCUUACCAGCCAAACACACUUAUGGCUCAAAGUAAAAUGGUCUUUUCUACCAGCUAAACUGAAAUUUUACCAACAUUUGGCCGAUUAGCUGGUGUGCAAAGCCCCUGUUUCAGAGUGUAUGAACCAGCACAGCAGUCUUUCCAGGAAGGAAGCCGCUGGCAUCAUCACCUACUGGGUUUUCAGCAGGAGAAGGCCGUCAGGCAGUUCCCCUUCUGGCGCCAGGAACUGCCCUCUGUCCUCACGACAAUCCUACUAGGCCUACUCAGAAAAAAAGUACCUCGACGUUGGACAUUUGACAUUGGACGCUGCGGUGUGCAUUCUCAAAAGUAAAACUGAUGGCAAUAUUGCCUCUACCUGUGCUCUGAAAACGGGUAAUUCUCGCAGUGAUUACAUUGACGAAGCCUGCUGGCAAAGCUGAUGGGCAGUGGCAAUUUACAGCUGAUUUCUUUUAAGGCAUACAUUUGACCCAAUGUAUCCUAAUUGGAUAGGCCUACAACAUUAUCCUGAAUUAUCCACCCAAAUUCCUCUGGGCAUACGCUCUUUUCUUUGUUUUAUUUCUCAAAUUUAUUCAUGCAUGUAUUUAUAACACAUUGGGAGAGUAUGGUGUAAAAUGCAUGGAAUUCAUUAUUAAUCAGUGAUUUACAUGUGAUUCUGAAUACGCUUUAAAAAAAAACGCAUUGACAUGGGCCCUCCCCUUUUUAACAUUAGGGCACACCCCUUUAAGAACGCCUGUAUCAGAGCCUGGCUGGCUGGCAGUGUAUGGUUUGUGGUUGUGUAGGUCUCGCUCUGUUGUCAAAUAUCACACUCCGAAUGCAUUAAUGCAAAGCGAUGGGAAUCCUGCAAUUAUGUCUGCCAAAGGAACCGCUUUAACGCUGCUUAUAUUGUCCAGCCUGGUAGCAGUUGGCAAUGGUCUGUGGUGUAACUGCACCGAGUGUGGCAGCACGGGCUAUGAGUGCCAGACGGACGGCGCGUGCAUGGUGUCCACCUCUAAGAUCUUGGGCGUGGAGACGCACGUGAGGAUCUGCCUGUCGCGCGACCGCCUACAGCCGCCCGGACAGCCCAUAUACUGCAAGGGCUCCAAGGGCUACCAGAACACACACUGCUGUUACCAUGACUACUGCAACAGCAUCGACCUCAAGGUGCCCAUAGCCCCAUCUGACGGCAGCCCGGCGAGCUGGGGUCCGGUGGAGCUGGUGGCGGUGAUUGCAGGGCCGAUCAUCCUGGUGUGCCUGCUGCUGAUCGUGGGCGUGCUGCUGUUCCAGCACCACCAGCGCACCUACAACCACCGGCAGCGUCUGGACGUGGAGGACCCCUCCUGCGACCACCUGUACCUGGCCAAGGACAAGACCCUGCAGGACCUCAUUUUCGACCUCUCCACCUCCGGAUCUGGAUCAGGCCUGCCGCUGUUCGUGCAGCGUACCGUGGCCAGGACCAUCGUGCUGCAGGAGAUCAUCGGCAAGGGGCGCUUCGGCGAGGUGUGGCGCGGCAAGUGGCGCGGCGGCAACGUGGCCGUGAAGAUCUUCUCGUCGCGAGAGGAGCGCUCCUGGUUCCGCGAGGCCGAGAUCUACCAGACCAUCAUGCUACGCCACGAGAACAUCCUGGGCUUCAUCGCUGCCGACAACAAGGACAACGGCACGUGGACUCAGCUGUGGCUGGUGUCUGACUACCAUGAGUAUGGCUCCCUGUUUGACUACCUGAACCACUACUCCGUCACCAUCGAGGGCAUGAUCAAGUUGGCUCUGUCGGCCGCCAGUGGCCUGGCACACCUGCACAUGGAGAUCCUGGGCACACAGGGAAAGCCGGGCAUCGCCCACCGCGACCUCAAGUCCAAGAACAUCCUGGUGAAGAAGAACGGCACGUGUGCCAUCGCAGACCUGGGGCUGGCCGUGCGCCACGAGUCGGCCACCGACACCAUCGACAUCGCGCCCAACCAGCGCGUAGGCACCAAGAGAUACAUGGCUCCAGAGGUGCUGGAUGAGACCAUCAACAUGAAGUUCUUUGACGCCUUCAAGAACGCGGACAUCUACGCCCUGGGCUUGGUCUACUGGGAGAUCGCACGUCGCUGUAACACUGGAGGUGUGCAUGAGGACUACCAGCUGCCGUAUUACGACCUGGUGCCCUCGGACCCCUCCAUAGAGGAGAUGAGGAAGGUGGUGUGCGACCAGAGGCUCCGGCCCAACGUGCCCAACUGGUGGCAGAGCUACGAGUCGCUGCGAGUGAUGGGGAAGAUCAUGCGGGAGUGCUGGUACGCUAAUGGGGCCGCGCGGCUAACGGCCCUGCGCAUCAAGAAGACGCUCUCACAGCUCAGCAUUGAGGAGGACGUGAAGAUGUGAUUGGCUCCUGCUUCAUUGCAAACCACUCCCACCUUCUCCCAGGACACUUUAACAGAGAUGAGGAAGAAAAAAACAAAAAACGCACGAAAUGUAACGAGACGCGCCAACGACUGGGUUAAGAGCGCACAGACUCGAGAGAAGAGAUGGGGAGGGAAUGUAGAGUAAAAAAUAUAUCAGUGAUGUUGGAGAAUUUGAAAGAAAGAAAAAAGAGGGAGACAAGAGAAGAGACCCUGCCAGUUUUUUUCAGCGCCACAUGUCUGUGUUGUGAAGAGGCCUACCUCACCUUUUUUAGCCAAAACUACUGAACCCUGCCGUCCCUUCCGCUGUUGCCCCCACCCCCACCCCCACCCACCUAACCUGCCUGAUCCAGCCCUCAUCCCCCAAGCCCCCAGAUACCUGGACCCCAGCCCUAGUGGACCACCACACGCAACCCCAUCCCCAACUCUCCCUCCCCACUGUUCCCACCCCAACCUUCAAGGUCCUGACCCCCUUGCAUCCAGCACUAGCAGACCCCCAUACCUACCCCCAUAUCCCCUCCUCUCUUCCACCUCCUCCUCUAAAACCCUCCUUCUCACUCCACACUGAAGCACUGGGCUCCUCCACCCCUGGAGUCCAUCCCCCACCCCCCUCCUCACUCCUUCCUCCUCCUCAACCACUCCAACCACUCACCUCCUCCUCCUCUUCAACUGCCCCCCCCCUCCCCUCCUCCUCCUCAACCACUCCAACCACUCACCUCCUCCUCC